CUCUCCGGAGGAAACUCCCCUCGGUGGAGCUUGGGUGCUGGAGACUGCGGGGGAGUCGCUCAGGCAGCUGCCAGGCAGCUUCCUGUUUGCUUUAGGAUGUUUUCGGGUAAUGCCAAACCCCUGAAGAGCACCAGACUUGUGGCUCGUCUUGUCUGUCCGGUAAGGGAGCCAACGGUCGUCUCGGCUCCAGCUAGCAUGUUAGCCCGUAGCUGAACUAGCAGGCUGUAACUAGCAGGCUGUAACUAGCAGGCUGUAACUAACAGGCUGUAGCUAGCAGGCUGUAACUAGCAGGCUGUAACUAGCAGGUUGUAGCUAGCAGGCUGUAACUAGCAGGCUGUAGCUAGCAGGCUGUCUCGGCUGGGCAGGUUGUCAGCAUCCUGACCUGGAGACCGGCUGUCUCCGCUUAUUCACAGCAGCUACACCGGAAUAUUGUUAGACCACAGAAUGCUGCCGAAGCCAGGCUAUAGUUAUGCUAGCAACAUUAGCUUCAGCAGUUAUUAGCGGGCAAGACGAACGAACGAACCGCGUUUUAAAGAGUCGUGUUGGAGUUUGGGAGAUACGAAGUGAAUCUGCAGUAAACGUGUUGGCUGUGCCAUGAACGGUAGCUGGAGAUGAGAAUGAAGCCCUAUCGCAGCUUUCUCGUGGGGCUCUGCUCCAUGUUGGCCCUGGGGCUCUUCUUCUACUCCUCAGGAAGGCUGAGUUUACGAGGCCGGGGCCAGAAGUCUCUGUACGACAGCCAAGGAUUCCUGCUAACGCUGAAUAGCAGUCUGCCUUUGGAGCUGAAAUACAAGUAUGGCAAUCUGAGUAAGGAUGCUUGUAAGCCUGGUUUCACAACUGCCAAGAUGACUGCUAUUUAUCCAAAGUUCACCAAACCAGUGCCCAUGUUCCUUGAUCCAAAUUUUAAAAGAUUCUCCAAGAUCCACGAUUAUGUUCUCCCUUUUGGAAUAAAAUCACAAGAAAAGAUCAUAGAUAUUCUCCUAGCAGCCACUAAAAGGUAUGGCCUGGGAGAUGAGCUUGACAGUUUGAGCUGUAAGAAAUGCAUCAUCAUAGGAAAUGGAGGAAUCCUAGCCAAUAAGUCUCUGGGCCAGAGAAUUGAUGAGUUUGAUGUUGUGGUCAGGUUGAACCAGGCCCCAGUAAAAGGCUUUGAGAAAGAUGUGGGAUCCAAGACCGAUAUCCGCAUCACCUAUCCCGAGGGAGCCAUCCAGAAGGCAGGAGACUAUGAGAGAGAAUCCUUGUUUGUCCUUGCUGCCUUCAAAGGUCUGGACCUGAACUGGUUGCAGCACAUUAUCUUCAACCGGAGGCUGUACAGCACAGACGGCUUCUGGAAGUCAGUGGCCCAGCACGUCCCCAGAAAGCCCAGUGACAUGCGCAUCCUGAACCCCUACUUCAUCCAGGAGGCGUCAUUCAAGCUGAUAGGCUUGCCUCACAACAACGGCCAGAUGGGCAGAGGGAAUAUUCCAACCCUGGGGACAGUUGCUAUAACGAUGGCCCUCCAUAACUGUGAUGAAGUGGCUGUUGCUGGAUUUGGUUACAACAUGGGCACUCCAUAUGCCCCCCUGCACUACUAUGAGAAGACCAGGAUGUCAGCAAUCAAAGAAUCUUGGACUCACGACAUAUCUAAAGAGAAGGAGUUCUUGGUCAAGCUUGUGACAGCGGGAGUCAUCCAGGACCUGACUGGUGGGAUCCGCGCUACAGGACGAUGACAGUCUUUAGUGGAAAGCGUCAGGCUGGCUGCCUCAUGUUGGGCCCUGCUCUACUCCGUCCCAUCCAGCCUGUCCUAGCAUGUCCUUGUGGCCUGGAGGAGGAAUUAGAGGGGGACCGGUAAGCUGUUGCUCCCAACCAGAGAGCAGGGUUGGCAGAUAUCAUUCACAACAGACAGUGCAAAGACUGAUGCCCUUAGUCCUUAUACACAUAUUUACAUUUCACAAAAACAUAAAGAUGCUGUUAUCUUACAUGUUGCAAGCAACUGCUUGUUCAACAGCACUGCAGUAUUACUGCUUGGUGAGCUGGUUUUCCAGUGCCUGCCUUGGUGUCCAUCAAGGCAUGUAGGAAGCCCUUGUCCAGGGGGUAUGUAAGUGGUUUGAGGAAUUGUUGGCAUUGGGGAAUAAAGCUAGCGGCCCUUGAACGAGGCCACCUGCCUUAUUAACCUGCUCCUCCAAACCGCUGCACGCUGAGGUGCCAAGGAGAAGCUGUUGCCGGCUGUAAGCGUCGAGACUGUGCCAAGAAGACUGCCAGAAGUGUCCUUCCAUUCAUUUACUUGAGUUGAAGAACGAUGUCAAUAUCAACGGAAGGAUCCUGCUCGAGUAAAAGUACUGUAAAAGUACUGUAUAUUUGUUGUAUUUUCUAUGUUUGUAGCUGAAGUUGUCUGUCAUGAGAUGCCAUCCCGACAGGUGUGUUAAUCACAGGUAAUGUUAAUCACAGGCCCCCAGUCCUGCUGGACUGAGGGCCCAACAGCCCUGUUUACCAGGAGCGAGACAUAAUUCACUUUGCACGCCUGUCAUUUUGUUCUAGAAAGCCAAGGCAGCAGUUGGUUGAAAAGCCAUUUAUUACUUGUUGUCAUGAUGUGCUGGGGUGCCAUUAUGUUAGUUGUUUUUUUUAUGUUGUCUCUGUAUCCAUCAAUCAUACGUGAGUGUUUUUGCAAUCUGUUUAGAAGAAAUGAGCUUCACAUAUAUUUAUUUUCAGUAAAGAAAGUCAGUUUUAUUUCAGAGUUAGAGUGUAUGGAUGUGUUGCAUAGAUAAUACAAACGUGCACAUCUUCAGUCCAGCUACUGUUCAUGGACUUCAAGCAAUUUAAUGCACAAGCCAAAGAAAUGAUUUGUUAACCCCUGACCCCGAGCACCGCUACUCAAGUUAUUAUGUCACAAAGUAAUAAAAGAUGU